AUGGAUAUGAAAUCGAUUGAAGAAGUGCCUAUGUUCAUCUCUAGUUUGCGUAUAAUGAAAUUUUGGGGAUUUCUUUUGGAGCACAAUUGGCGCAGAUAUGCCAGCUUAAUACCGUACUCUCUACUGACCACAACACAAUUUAUGGAGAUUUACUUUAGCACCGAACCGGUUGAUGCAAUAAUCCGCAAUGCUUACAUAGCGGUAUUAUUUUUUAAUUCAACUCUGAGAGGUGUGGUAUUGUGUAUAAAUCGUUUUGGAUUUGAGAAAUUUAUGGAAAAUAUGCGUGUUUUAUAUAUUGACUUAAGGAAAUCCGAGGAAAAAUUUAUAAGCAAAAAAACCCAUGAGACAACAAAAACUUCAAUAUUAGUGGCGAAAAUUAAUUUAAUUAUGGGUGCCUGUUCGGUUAUGGGCUUUCUAAUAUAUCCGAUAUUUGCUACCACUAAAGCUUUACCUUACGGCAUUUAUAUACCCGGCAUUGACAAAUAUCAACGGCCAUUCUAUGAAUUGUUCUUUAUAACUCAAAUCAUCUUAGCUCCCAUGGGCUGUUGUAUGUAUAUUCCAUUUACAAAUCUUAUAGUGGCUUUUAUACUUUUUGGUAUUUUGAUGUGUAAAGUUUUGCAACAUAAACUAACCAAUUUAAGAAAUGUCAGUAAUGAAAAGGCUCGAGAAGUAAUCGUUUGGUGUCUGAAAUAUCAAUUGGAAUUAAUUAAAUUUGUCGAGACCAUGAAUAAGUUAACCACUCAUACUUAUAUGAUUGAAUUUCUGGCAUUUGGAGCCAUGUUGUGUGCUAUGUUGUUCUCCUUAGUUAUAGCUGAAACUGUAGCUCAAAUGGUCAUAAUCAGUAUCUAUAUGUUUAUGAUAUUUUCGCAAAGUGUUGUUUUAUAUUAUUUUGCCAAUGAACUGUACGAUCAAAGUUUAUUGGUGGCCAUUGCAGCUUAUGAAUGCAAUUGGUUUGAUUUUGAUGUGGGCACUCAAAAAAUUCUUAAACUUAUGAUUUUAAGAGCUCAAAAACCCUGUGCUAUUCUGGUGGGCAAAGUGUAUCCCAUGAAUUUGGAAUUAUUACAAUCUUUGUUGAAUGCCACCUACUCGUAUUUUACUUUAUUGAAAAGAGUUUAUGGUUAAAAAUAAUUAUAUAAAUACUAUUAUAUUAUAAUACUCUCUGUAGAUUUCUAUAUUUUGUUAGAGUUGUAGUAAAUAUUAAAAAAAAUAUUUAAAUAUUAUAAAAUUAAGUAAAUAGAUUU